CCUGAGCGCAGAAGGGAUUGGACGAGGCUCAGGGCGUUUACAGGUCCAGAACUUCAUCUCAUCUGUCAGUCCUGCGGGUAGAGGAGGAACCACGGACCUCCGGAAGCGCGCGCACUGGACCCUCACCCCUCCUUUCGCCCGUUACGGGUUUAUUCAUAACUCAUUCCGUGUUCAUCUGAUGCACAGCAGCUUGUGUGUGAUUUUAUAACGUCGGGAAGGGAAAUGUCUCGAGCGUGCGCGGCACCGCAGCCGAUUCGCGCCGCGCGUAAAACCGAGUGGCUCCGCUGCGCCCUCGCGCACCACUUCUCUCGUGAAUCCGGGGUCGAGAACGAGAUCGUGGUGCUGGCUACCGGCAUCGACCAGUACCUGCAAGAGGUUUUCCACCACCUCGCUUACGCCAGCAGCAGUGACCUGGUGUCUGAACAGGACUUCCGGCUGCUCUGCUCGGUACUCGGUGUGAGCGCGGAGGACCGGGACGCGUGCUGCUCCGCGCUGCCACCCGCGCUCACCUUCAGGGAGUUUCACUCGCGCCUCUGCGGCUUCUUCGCCGUCCGAGCGCGGGACGCACCGACAUCCGCGCGCCUUCCGGUUACCGAGGAAACCGAGCACGUGGAGCGCGAGAUCAGGCUCCGGUGUCCGCGCGUGCGGCGGAGAAAGUGCGUCAGCUUCGACUUGAGGCGUGACGGUGCUGCAAACUGGACGUCACGCGACGUGAAAGCGUGCGCACCGGAAUCCGCACAAGCAGGACAGAAAUGUCAGCACACCUCAUGGCAGGAGCAGGUGGAGAUGGAGAACGCCAGUCUGAGAGAGCUUGUGGAAGACCUGCGCUCGGCUCUCCAGAGCAGCGAUGCUCGCUGCAUGUCCCUCGAGGUGGCUCUGAGGAGGGAGCGUCAGUACGCACCUGGCAAAAGCUCUCCACAUAUCACCAAAAGGCAAACCUGUUUUACUGGCAGCGAGCCCAAACCGAGGCAAACUAAACAAACCAGGCGCACAAAGGACCUGCUCCGAGAGCUUGAGCUGAUCCGUGCUUCACGUGAUGGCCAGCUGGAGGAAGCCAUGAGGUUUAGCCAGCGGCUGGAGGAGGAGCUUGUGUCGGCGUAUGGCGAGGUCAGCAGGCUGGACGAAACGGUGGCAAGGCUGAGAAGAGAGAGCACUGAGAUAAAGAGGAGGGCAGAGGAGGCGAGAGCAGCUCUCGCUGCAGGCCUGGCGAGGGUCAGAGACAUCCAGGAGCAGGCGCAGCAGGUCAGGCCACUCCAGGAGAAAGUCCAAAAGCUCGAGGCUGAACUGGAGACAUUCAGAUCUCGGUGCACCUGCAGGACUGAACGUGAGAGAAGAACCGAACCUCCAGUUGAGUCUGUGGAACCCACAGCACGUGUGAUUCCCACAGGCCGAGACGAGACGCUCAUCAGAGAGGAAGCCCUGCAGAGGGCGGUGGAGGGUCAAGCAGCCUCGGAUGAGGAUGAGGAGGAGGUGAGGGUGAAGGAGGAAGGCCAGUGCUGUCUGCUGGAGGUGAAACGACUUAUUAACAAACUUCACAACUGCGCAAAGGGAUGUCAGAAGAUGGCAUUGUGUCAUCUGCUCCUGUCACAAAACUCUACAGGACAUUAUAGCGAUCAGAUCGAUGGCAUGGGACCAGCAGAGUCAAAGACAAGGGGACGAAGGUACCACAUGCUCCUGGAUAAAAAGGAAACAGAUAAAAGAAUCUCGCGGAGAACGCUGGGUAAAAUUCUGCUGAACACGCUAGAUCUGUGCAACACAAAAGGCCAAGGUCAUGGACGCUCUGUGUCAGCAACUGGUCUCCGGCGAGCUGGUGUGUGUGGAGGGAGAUGUUCACGUGUGGCGAGAUGUGAACUCACAUCACCGAAACACCAUAAACCCCCUCCUCAUCUCCUGCUGAGAGAGUCAUCUACCAUACUUUAUCCAGGGAAGUGCUGUGAAGGGGUUAAAACUUUGGUUAGAUGUUGAUCUAAAGUCCAAAUCCCAGAGUCUUUCAGGAACAUCCUCAGAUCCUUAAACUGGAAGCUGCUUUGGGUAAAAGCGUCAGCCGAAUGAGUAAAUACAGUAUAAAUCUAAAUCUGUGUCUGAGUUUCUCUGCAUUAUAUGGAAGAAUAA